AUGUCGUCCAAGUCUCGUCCCCGCCCAACGCCUAUCGCUGUUUCAGCAAACGCCCCGCCAGUCCCAAAGCUCUCAAAACAAGCAGCAGCCAGGGUUUCUCGUGAGGUGGUAUCAAAGCUUUCACUCUCAGCGUCCACCUCCUCGUCAUCGACUUCGUCCUCUCAAGGUGCAAACGUACCGCCUUUGCCAUCGCUCAAGAGAAAACUAGCUCCUGUCGUGAACACACCAGCUGCAGGUUCUAGCUCGCGUUCCACAGUUGCAAACAAAAAAUCGCCCAAUGGCAUUGACAACGGUAUGGAUGAGGCUGAACGGACCUCUUACCUUCAGCGGAUCCGAGAACUCGAGCAAUGGAAAGAACAGCGACUAGAUGCCAAGGCCAAUAUUAAGGCUAUUGAGCGUCCUUCUGGUCCUGCACGACGUAAAUGGGAUAUUGGAGAAGCAAUGGGUCUUCCCAAGGGGAGUGACGACCCGCUAUACCGCAGCAUGAAUAGAAAGCUUCUCGCCUUGCAGAUCAAGUAUGAGAUUCCGCGAGGUGCUUCUUUGGCGAGGGGUGCAUACGUUCAGCAGGUAGCGGACAUUUUCACCGAUAUGCGUGACACUUUUCCCUAUCUUUGCGAGGAGCGAUUCCGUGAUGGUUGGCCAAUCUACGACAUGCUCCAAUUGAAAUUGCAGGACCAACGCCAGUAUGAUCUCCAGCGGGACCGCCGCCUAGCAGCUCAGAGACGUCGAAGGGAGAACACCAGGGCUGCUUUAGCGAAGAGGAAGGAGAAGAAGGAUCGUAAGCGGGAGGCAAAAAGGCAAGCAUCUCCUCCCUCUUCUGCCAGUAGUAGCUCGGACUCGGACGACUCUCAGCUGGCAGUUCCAUCAACGCCAAUGGAAGACAGUACAGUGGUCACUCCCUCCACUUCCGUACCGGAAACGGAUACCACUCCCGCACGAGAACAGGAUAAGGCUGCAACUAACCACGAAGGGGGAAAGGACGAUGAGGGUCAUGCGUUUCUGCUAUCGAUUCUUGCGCAAAUUGGUCCUGUCCUGGGCUUACAUUUCCUUGAUAUGGUUCCGGACAGUAACAUCAACUUCACGUACUCGACCUGGCCAAAAUACGACGAUGAUUCCAAGGAGUUCUGGGAGCAGAGGGAUGAUGAGAUUCACGAACAGCUAUCGGAUGCGAGCCUUACCUCUGAUCCAAGAUGGUGGCUUCAGGUUGUGAGUGAGCGGAUUGUUGACGACGAAGAUUUCGAAGCUUUUUGGCCUGUUUUCUAUACCCAAUUCUUGGAACUUGACGCCGACCCUCGUGACAACAGCAGCCCCGACUCUCCUGGCUCAGACGUCGACUCGCCCCUGGAUCUUGGUGAGCUCUCUGAUGUUCCCCCAAAUCCAUCCCCAAAGCCAAAGAAAGAUCGCAAAGGAAAGGGUAAAGCGACGGACGUGAAGGUGGAAAAGCUUGUUCUACCCUCUCGACAGAACCCUGCGCGCACCUCCAAGCGCGCGUAAAUUCUGAUACAAUACAUUCAUUACUCCUUUCAUUCAUUUUUCCGACUUCAUACCAUUCAUUGAUUUGUCCCAGUUUCAUUUGCCUUUGUUUCCCUUCUAUUGAUCUGUCUAGACCUCUCGACACUGUCUAAUGUACGCAUAUAAGCACAUAAUCAAUACAGUAUGGCUGUUCUCAAUGGCUACAUUU